UAGUUUUUACUAUGUAACGCUUAAAGAGAAGGAAUACACACGUCUUAAAGGUCCCAGCUGCUAUUGUUAUCGUUCGAGACGUAAAAUUGGAAUCCCAUCUUCCAAUAUCAAAUUUUAGCACAAACCCUAUAAAAUGUAUCUUGUCAGAAUGUGCCAGACCCACUAAGCUCUUUUUGGCCGAAUGCUUUGCAGCUGGCGGUUCAUCCCCAGGGCUGAGAAUCAGCUCUGUCUGUCCUCUCUCGGUCCCGGUUUGCACCCUGCUCAGAGCUGGCUGGGGAAGGCGUGGGUUUAGGUUAUCCGUGUCCUGCGCCGCUUGACGGGGUGACAUGGGUCUGCGGGGCCUGGAGAUAGGGCCGGCCAGCAGGAAUGCAGAGAAUGUUUUUCUUCGGACUCUAUCGAGGCACACAGACCGUGGGGAUUCUGUCCGCGGUGACAGCCUUAACAUUUGCCAGAGCCCUGGACGCCGCUGUAGAAAUGGCAUCGCCCACCCUGAAAGCGAGAAGGUGUCCGGGACGCCCAGCAGGAACCCGGGAAUGAUGCUACUUGCAUUGAAUCCCGGCAGAGGCUCAUCCGAGGGGAGCAACACAGCCCAGACACGCUCCCCACGGCGGGGCUGCCCACCAGAGAACCCUGAUUCUCCACGGAGGACCGGCACUGCUUGGGGGCCCUUCGGAAAGCAAGCCCCGGGGCAUUCAGGCAGCAGCAGGGAGCCAGGCGGGACGUCCAGGCAGACACGGAAAGGCCAAGAGGAAGCCAGCAAGGAUCAAUGUGAGAGGACAGAGCCCCCGGGGCAGUCGCAGCUGCCCUCCUGCAGCCCAGCGGUCCGGGGCGGACUUAGCCGUUCCUUGGCCCUCCAGGGUGAGCACCGCAGGAGACAAGCUGCUCUGGGCCAGUACCUUUCUAAAAACAGUUUCUGUGGCUCCUGGAUCGUUAUGAACGGGAGAAUGCCCAUCUGUAAAGCCAGGGCCAUCGCUGCGCCUACUCUCUGAGCCAACAUUUCCCCAGCGAACACCUGGAUGGUGUAAAUCACCCUCAGUAAACACUUCAGGCCGUCCUCCCCCCACCAUAAACCAGGCUGGCCUGCACUCGCCAGCACUCCCUCCACCCAGGGCGACCCCCGAGUCUGGGGGCAGAGUGCCCCGGCAGAGGUCGCUCAGAUAAGGUACAGAUACACUGCCACCUUACCCUGGCCGACUUGACCUGUGCUGGGGUCAGGGGGGAAGUGUUGUUAUGAAUGGGCUUUGUGGACCCUAGAGAGGGACCCAGGGCUACGGGCUGCUGGGUGGCUGUGCUGGAGGGCAGCAUGCAAAGAUAAAACCUAAAAAAAAAGUGUGUUUUUUAAUAUCACAAUAGUGGAACAGAAUAGUGAUAUAUCUGAAAUGCCUUAACGGAGAAACUGAAGCGGCAUUCCCUGUGUGAAAACAUCCUGAGUUGAGAUAUUGAAAUAACUCUCCUCCCCACUGUCUUAAAAUCCUUGACCACUAAUGGACAGCCACCCGUUUGGUGUGAUUGUCACAGAUAUGCCCGAACGGGAGUGCAGCAGGCAGCGGGCAGAACGCAUCUCAGUUAAGACCACCUCUUUCGGAAUUCUUUACAUCCUGAUGCUCUGCUUUAAAAAAAAAAAAAUCUCCCUUUAUAAUCACCUGGCUAAGGGGAGUCUUUUCAAUGGUAUCUUCUGUCUUCAGACAGACAGACGUGAGGAUGGGUAACGUGAGCAUUAGAAAGCCGCCUCGGUGCGGGCUUCUUAGGGCUCCUUCGCUCUCUGCCCACACCACAGAUUACAGAAAUGUACAGAACCGGCGAGCAGUUCCUCUGCUUCGGAUCAAACUUGCGCCAAAGAAAAAUAACCUAGAGAAAUUAUUCUGCAGCCCGAGACGAAACCAGGAUCAAAUGGUUGCUGAUCAGAGCAAAUAUUUAAAUUGGAUAAGUCAAAUCCAGCAUUAUUAAAUAAAGCUUGUUUAAUAUGUCUCGAACAGAAAAUAUCUUUGGAGAACGUUUUAAACCUGAUAUUAGAAAUCUGGCCGAGUGCGUGUCUUGAAGCUUUCAUCGUCGUGCCCGGGAAUUUGUGUUCUUAUAAAGAAAACAGUGAUAUUCUUCUCGUCUUUCCCAAGUAUUUUUUUCCAUGUCUAAAAUGAAAGCACGAAGGUUUUUAGGUAGCUAUUGAAAGUUGUUAAUGCAAUAUAAUAAA